AUGGACGUCGCCGACUUCCUCGCCGCGUUCAUGUACCACCUCGAGAACGUCAAACCGCCUCCCGUCGUGGCACCGUUGGGCCCCGAUACGCCCCGAUUCGCGGCGAAAGAAGGGUCCUCACCACUUCCGAGGGCGGCCCUCAAGCCCGCCGUCGUGGAGAGAAUACUCAAAGACGAGGGUCGCCGCCAGUGGAUCGAGUCCGUGACAGAGGACCACCUCACAGCCGCAGGCGACACGUUCUUCUCGACGUCCAUCAGGGACGCGCGCGCACAGCUGUGCGGCAACGAGGACGGGCGCAUGGUCUACGCCGGCAAGCGCGACCUGCCCCUCCUGGAGCUCGUCCGAGGCGGCUUCCUCAGGUUCAUCCUCACGCCGGGUUCCACCCAGCAGGCAUGGGACGCGACCGAGGUGAGCGCCGAGACCGUCGCGACCGUGCCCCGCCGAGCGAUCGCGUGCCACAGGGUCGCGAUUUACCGACUGGACUACGAUCCCGAGGUUCAAGACGACGCCAUGUGCAUCGACGCUAUUUUGUCGCAAUCGGACGUCAUCCGCCUCCUCAACGCGCGCCGGGACGAGCUCGGCGACGUGAGCAGCAGAUCCCUGCACGAUAUCGGCCUGGGCGGCGCUUGGGACGACGGGUCCGAUCCCGGCGCGGGAGCCGCGGUCGCUCCCGGCGACGAGGUCACGUGCGUGCUGCCCACGGCUCGCGCCCUGGAGGCUUUCUCGUUGAUGAACGCGUGGGGUUUGUCCGCGGUGGGCGUCGUGAGCGAGCCGAGGGGGCCGCUCGUGGACUGCCUCAGCGUCGGCGAUCUCCGCGGGGUGAAAGCGGGCGAUUUCUCCAGCCUCAACGCGUCCGUGUCGGAAUUCACGCGUCGGCGGAGGAUGCCCGGUUCCAACCCGUCUCUCAUCACCGUCAGACCCGACGCCGACCUCGGGGAGGUGAUUGCGAAGAUGUGCGAGCGCGGCGUGCACCACGUGUUCGUGACCGACCUCGAGGGUAGGCCCGUGCGCAUGAUCACGCCGACGGAUAUCCUCGGGUCGAUCACGGUUCCCGCGACGCACGGCAACGUCGGCUGGCGGUUUCAGGCUGCGGAGAUAAGUUCAAAAUAUGCCGCGGACGCCGAGCGGGAGGCGGAGCCGACGCGCAUGGACGACGGGAGGAGGUUUCACGACGAGAUGUGA